AUGUCAAUCAGGACCCCGACACCUGUUCAGGCAUUUUGUAUACCCCCACUCCUUGCUGGAAGGGAUUGUAUCGGCAACGCGAAGACGGGGUCCGGAAAGACCGUCGCGUUCGCCCUCCCCAUCCUACAAAAACUAAGUCUCGAUCCUUACGGGAUCUUCGCCUUGGUUUUGACGCCUACUAGAGAGCUAGCGCUUCAAAUUGGUGACCAGUUUGCUGUACUCGGUGUAGCUCUUGGUAUUCACACAGCAGUAAUCGUCGGUGGCAUGGAUAUGUUGUCGCAGGCACUGGAAUUGAAUAAUCGACCUCAUAUCGUUGUGGCCACUCCAGGACGUUUGGUAGACCACCUGAACAGCGAGUCAGGGGAAUGGAAUUUGUCUCGAGUCCUCGAUGAGGCCGAUCGUCUUUUGACCGACACGUUCGCUCCAGAUCUACGCGCCAUAUUUGCUGCCCUACCGCCUGACCGUCAAACUGGUCUCUUUACUGCUACAAUUACUCCCAAGAUCGAGAAGCUUUCGGACGCCCCUCCCAGGCCUGGGAAGCAAAAGCCGGUGAUUUAUCGGGACACUUCAACCGUUGAGACCGUCGAUACUCUCAAACAAUACUUCGUUAUUUGCCCAUCUCAUGUACGGGAGGUCUAUCUCUUCUAUCUUCUCUGCCACCCACCCGAAUCUAUCGCCCACUUGCGAAGGGAGGCUCCAGCAAAGGUCAAGGCCAGAUGGAAGCAAAGAGACGAAGAUGACACCCCCAUAUUGUUUCCACCUCCCACCAUUGUCUUCGUGACUCACCCCAGGACUGCUGCCUAUCUCACGAUCUUACUCCAACACCUCGGUAUACCAGCUGCCGCCCUACAUUCCUAUCUAUCUCAGCGCGAUCGUCUGUCAAGCCUCCACUCCUUUCGAUCGAGUGUGAGUCCUGUGCUCGUUUGUACAGACGUUGCAUCUCGUGGGUUGGAUAUUGAGGACGUUGGCAUGGUUAUCAAUUGGGAUAUGCCUAUGGGGAAUGAGGACGAGGAUGAAGGAGGUGCAGAAGAUUAUGUCCAUCGCGUUGGUCGCACGGCACGUAUGGGACGUGGAGGUGUCGCGGUCAGUUUCGUCACAGAACGAAAAGGAGACACAGUGAUGGUAGAAAAGAUUGAACAGCGCAUUAAAACGAGAUUGGAAGAGAUGGAACUUCCUGAAGCUAAAGUGCUGAUAGAAUUAAAUAAAGUUUCGGUGGCAAAGAGGACGGCGAAGUUGAACUUGGAAAAUUCCAACUUUGGUGAACGGCAAAGAAUCAACAGAAAGAAAGGAAAAAACAUGUCGAAGCAGUCAUGA